AUGGUUUUACGUAGAAAAUUUAUUAUUUAUUUAAUACUGUUAAGCCACUUGUCGUGGGUGUUUGCUGGUUAUGCUGUUGGCAAAAAUUUAACAAAUUUCUUUAGACAUCGUGAGAAACGCGGUUUGAUUUUUAAUAAUGGUGGUGCAGCAAAGUUUGUUAUAGGACCCAUUCAACCCAUUACUCUGGCUGAUCCCAUCGUUUGGAGAAGUUUAAUUUGUUCCUACAAUAUUCAUGUGGGUAAUUAUCAAAUACCCUCUACUCCUCUCUAUCCAUGGGAUAAAUGGGAGAAUUUCUAUGUAAGAUCAAAUCAGGCACGUGGACACAUAAAACCAGAUGAAUCACGAGAAUUUCUUUAUUUAAUAUUAGAAAAUUACAUGACCUCAAGUCAUGGUAAUGGUAGAGAAUGUCUAUUACGUUCGAUUUGUGAAAAUGCCCAAGUACAUCAUCAUAUGGAUCUAUUUGGCGAGAUAUUAAAUGUGAUAUUAACACCCGGUAAAGGUGAUGUGGAUGCUAUUUAUGGACAUGCUUAUGAGGUGGGCAGAAGUGGUGCAGAUUGUUUUCAAUAUUUUAGCAAAUGUCCGCGUGGUUUAUGUUUCCUAGAUCAGUUUCUGCAGGAGUAUUCCUAA